AUGCGCACAGCAGCCAUAAGUACUGCCAACACUCCAAAACCAUCCACGAAACCUCGCGCUCCACUUGGCGCACGCAGGCCCCGAGGCCCAGCGGCGCAGGCAAUGCCCGCGCUGCCCCGCACCCUCGGAGGCCUCUCCUCCCGGCCCCCCGCCCUCCAGCGCCUCGCCCCGGCCCGCGCGGCCUCCUCCCAGCCGCGGUCACCGCCCUCCCCCGCACCCCCCCGGGACUACUUCGCCAACGACUCCCGGCCGAUAAUCCUCUACGACGGCGUCUGCAACUUCUGCAACGGCGGCGUGAACAUGAUCCUGGACAACGAUCCGUCCGGCGUGUUCAGGUUCGCCGCGCUGCAGUCGAGCGCCGGGCGGGCACUGCUGUCCCGGUGCGGGCGAUCCCCGGACGACCUCACGUCGAUGGUGCUGGUGGAGAGGGACGGGUGCCACGUUCGGUCGGCCGCCGCCCUGGCGAUCGCGAGCAAGCUCGGCGGCGCGAUCGGCGCGCUCAGCCUGCCGCUGUGGCUGCUGCCGCGGGCCGUGCGGGACGCGGGAUACGACUUCAUCGCGGACAACAGGUACAAGAUUCUUGGGAUUCGGGAUGCGUGCCGGAUUGGUGACCAGCGACAUGGGGACAGGUUCAUCGAGUGA